AUGGGUGACUUUGUGGAUCACUACGCAGUUCUAGGGUUACCUCCUUAUGGAGAAGAUAGUUAUGGUGUGAAGAUCGGCAAGGAACAGAUUCGAAAAGCGUAUUUGUGUAAGGCAUUGAAAUUACAUCCUGAUAAAAACCCUGAUGAUCCUAACAACGCUCACGAGGAAUUUCGUAAGCUCAAGAAUUCUUAUGAUAUUCUCAUUGAUCCCAAAUCUAAAGAAUUGUUUGAUAAUCUUCUCAGGGCCAAGUUCGAGAGGCAAAAACAUAAGAGAAAGUCUCGUGAAGAUGAGGAAUUUUGGAACAACAUUCCGGAAGAAAAAGAAAAGGAACAACAACCUAAGAGAAGAACUCAAGGGGAUCCCGAGUUUUGGAAGAAGGUUCUAGAAGAAGAAGAUGAAGAAGAAGAACCAUCUGAUCAAUGUGAUAGCGAUGAGGUUCUUCAUGAGAAGGAAACGCUUCGAAAUCUUUAUAAGAAGGUAAAGGAGAUACGUAUAGCACACGCAAAGAAACGUGAGAGUCUUGGAAGAUUUGUUAAUAAUAUACCAAAGGCUAGACCUAGACAUUUAUUUCGUAGCAAAUUUUCAAUGGAUGGGUUCGUGCCAUACGAAGCCAGAGUGUUACGUCGAGUAAAGGAGGCCGCCGAGAAUCAUAAACGAUCUUCUUUCUCACAACCGGGAUUAGUCUGA